AUGCAUGUUCUGCACCUCGCAUCGGAUGGUGAGAUCCUCCCGCACGUCGAUAAUGUCGGAGCCAGCGGAUCCUGGAUAUUGGGCGUCAGUCUAGGUGCCACACGAGUCUUGCGUUUGGAGGACACAGAUGACGCUGCGCAUCGGGCACCCUUUAACCUUCCGCUGCCGUCAGGGAGUGUUUAUAUACAAAGGCAGGUUGUGCAAUACGAGCCGCACUCUCCCAUUACUUACGCCCAACAGAGACUCCAUUCGAUAUGGUUACAAGCACUCCAUACUGCGAGCAGAAGAUCCAUCUCGUGGACAGCGUUUGAGUGUCAUGGUUAG